AUGUCUGCCGCACCCUCUGUCAACACUAGCACGGGCCAACAUGCCGUGGACCCUUACAAGACCCAGAACUUCGAAGAUCCACCUCUUCCCCAGAAGAUCGAGGAGCUAGUCGAAUUUAUUUCAGGAGUCAAGUUCGGCAUGUUGACAACUAAGCAGUCGGAAGGCGAAUAUUUGGCUUCUCGUUGCAUGGCUCUAGCCGCACAGGAAAACGGUGGAAUUGAUCUCAUCUUCCACACAAACCUUUUCUCCGGCAAAACAAUGGACCUCACCCUCCACCCCAAAGAAACCAAUAUGUCCUUCCUGGACCCUGUAAGCGGCUCCUGGGCUUCGAUCUCCGGCACUGCAUCCGUUAUCGCGGAUCCAGCUAUCGUCCAGAAAUAUUACUCUCCAACACUGAAGGCCUGGCUCGGUGAUAUGGGCGAUGAAGUACAUGAUGGAGGUCCCUCCGAUCCUCGCAUUGGAGUAAUUAAGCUUGAAGCCAAGCUAGCGACACAUGUUGCUGCGCAGAAAGGAAUCCUGGGUCGAGCAGUCGAUACGGUAAAGGGAGCUGUUCAAGGCAGUGUUCCCCCUAUCAAUUCGAUUCGGGAACUGAGCGCGGAGGAGCUGGCAGAGUGGCGACGUACACACAAGGAAUAA